GCACGCGGCUGGAGCGCGCAGCUGGCCGGCAGUCCGCGGGCCGCGAGCCUGUCGCCCACCCGGGCCUCCGACGCCUUCGCCAUGAGGGUGCGGCUGGAGGAGACCGGGGAGAUGUUCCGCGUGACCAACUGCCGCAGCGACAUGACCGUGCGGGAGCUCAAGGAGGAGCUGGACCUCGUGGUUGGCGUCCCCUUCAACCUCCAGCGGCUCCAGUACCUGGACCAAGGAGUUUUGAUGGAUGACGCUACAUUAAAGUUCCAUGAUGUUGUUCCUGGUGGAAUUAUUUCAUUAUGUAUCUGGCACUAUGAUGGAUGGACAGAACUGGUUUUGGCGUCUGUGGAAGGGGACCCCAGUAAGCUAUCAUGUCUAGGUAUUACUGAAGAUUCUUUCUACCGAACUGCAAAUUCGGAACAUUUCAAAGGCAAGCAGUGGCAGAAAUGGACAUCUCAGAGAGCCUUCGUGGCGUUGUAUAUUACAUCACACAGAGGUCACUUGGAUGCAGUACAAUACCUUCUAGAACAUGGCGCCAACUGUCUGAGCAAGUCGCCAGUCGGCAGGACACCCCUGCACGUGGCUGCGGCCAUGGGCCGGGUGGACUGCAUCAGCCUCCUGCUUGACUAUGGUGCCUCCAUCAAUGACAAAGACGCAAAGGGGGAGACCCCCAUCUCUAUCGCCCGCCGCUUGAACCGCAAGCAGAGUGAGCGGCGGAUGUUCCUAAUCCACUGGAUGGCUAAAUCAGGAGCCACGAGCUCCGUGGACAAAGCCACGAAGAGGGUGUCCCAGCGGGCCAGGUCUGUGCCAGGCUCCAAGAAGCCCAACGCGUAG